AUGGCAACGGAAGUCAUGAAGGGUUAUAACGAUUUGCAGCAGGCGCUGGAUCGUGCAAGGAGCAACCUCAAAGGCUUGAAUGAAAACAUCAGAAGAAUAAUAGGCCGGGAUCCGUCUAACACCGAGCAAUACAACAAUGGUCGUGGCCCAAAUGCACCGAUUGGGGGAAACGGAAAUAAUGCAGCCAUGAGAGAUGCUUUCGAUUCGAGGAAAAGAAGUUCAAUCGGCUUCGAUGCGCCACAUGCGUUAGGACAGCGCCGGGAGCAGGACAGGCGAUAUUCGGACCUUGGUCAGAAUCCAGCCAAACGUCGUGCCAUAGGAGAAACGAAGUCGGUUUUUAGUCGACUCUCAGGACCACCGAAUCGCGACGUGGAGUAUGAAAAGCCACGAAUUUUCUCGCGCGUUAUCAAAGAACAACCAACCAAGGAAGAUAUCGUUGCCGCUCAGGGAUCCGACGAACGGUCCCGUGCCCGCAACCGGCGUAUAUUCGGUUCGCUGCUGGGCACGUUGCAAAAAUUCUCGCAGGAAGAGUCGAAACUGAAAUCUAAAGAGGAGAAGAAAGCAAUGAUUGAGAAGAAGCUCGAGGAGCAAGAGAAAAUGGAACGGGAAAACAUGCGUAAAGAAAAGCAGUGCUUGUUCACGGACCGAAAGCGGCAGCAGCUGGAAAUACGGGCGUUGGAAGCAAAGGUGGCAAAAUUGAAAGAUCUUGAAAUGUGGGAAAAUUCGAAGCAACCGUUGCAAAACUUUAUCAAAACUAAAACGAAUCCCUCGAUAUACUAUCUACCAAAGCGAAUGAACGCUGCUGCGGAGAGGAAAUUAACAGAUUGGCGACAGGAACACCAGAUAAUGAUGGAACAAAAGCGACAAGAGGUGAUGGAAAGCAUCGAGGCGGUGGAGGCUCGUUUCAAAGCCGACAUUAAGUAUCUAGAGGAAUAUGGAUCCAAAGGUCGCAACAAUGCUGGGUAUGAACGACCGGCACUAGAUGGAUCAAAAUCGACCGGUUCCAAUGAAGGAAAUAUCACUGGUAGCGCCUCGAAGCAUGAUCGAAUGCAAAUGGAGGAAGACGAGGAAGAUGAUGACCCGCACGGUUUCCAUUAUGAGCAUGAUGAUCAGCUCGAGGUCCCAGAAGGACCAGCCCUUCCUGCUUCGAUGGUAUCGCGGUUUAAAAUAACGAUUCAGAACACCGAAAAGAGGCACGGUACUGUUGCCCGAGAUGUUUCUCCUGAAGUGCCCAAAGUUGUGCGAUUAAUGUCAACCGAUACAGUGGAAGCCGAUGUAUGUAUGUCGGGCAAUAACGAAGAUUCAAAUAGUCCCAACAGGCGUACAGCAUCUGCAGAUAAAGUAACGAAAAACAUUCAAAUAACAUUCAGAGCGUCGAAAUUAGACGACAAUUGA